UUUCAGCCGAAUCGGGUGCACAACAAGUGCUCUUGUCGUCUCAAAUUUGCAUCUCAUUCCAUUGCACCGGUUAUCGACCACCACGCUCAAAAUAAAAAAAAAAACACUGGCUCAGGUCAGCUACAGCAUUUGCGCAUCAAACUGUUGUGUGUUGAUUCCAGCCCCCUGCGCCUCAAGCGCUACAGCAAAUGCAAUGUUAAGCAGAUAACUUUGAUCUGCAUACAACAUCAACAACGGCAGGUGUGAUUAAUUAAGGUAGUUUAACCUUUGCCGCUUACAAGAGGAAGGAACAAGGAAAAAUAAAACAAGUGCAACAAUAAAAAAAAGUUCGUCUGUGCACGAAGUACAGCAUAUGUGUCGAAUGCGUUUUGAUUAGCUGCACGUAUCUCAGCAAGCAAGUGGCAGGCGAACCAGACAAGCAAAAAGAAUCGAUUUGAAAUAAAUAAUUGGAAAAAAAAUCUCCGAACAAUAAGUGAAUAAUUGUUGGCAAGGGGUUUUCACUUCCAGUCAGCAUCUGUGUCAUUGUGUGUGUGUUUCUGUCGGUUUUGAUACCGAAGCUAUAUAAAAGGAGAUAAAAAUUGUGGAUCUUGACAAGCAAGACAAGCAGAUAGAAUAAUGUCAGCUGACGCCGAACUAUUUUCCGUCCUGAACCGUCGUCAGCAAAUCAACGAUGCUCUGGAGAAUGGACAGGAGGUGAAACAUACGUAUCGCGUGGUUAAUAUCUACACUGAGUUUCACGAGUUCUCGCGAAAGGAGAUUAAGGAUUAUCAGGCUACGUUCUCCAAGUACGACGUCGGUAAUGAUGGCUUUCUCGAUCUGGCCGAACUGAAGUUCAUGAUGGAGAAGCUCGGUGCCCCACAGACGCACCUCGGCCUGAAAGGCAUGAUCGAGGAAGUAGACGAAGACAAAGAUGGGCGGAUUUCUUUCCGAGAGUUUCUGCUGAUUUACAGGAAAGCGCGAGCCGGUGAACUGGUUUCGGACUCUGGUCUUGGUCAGCUGGCCCGCCUUACCGAGAUCAAUGUCGACGAGGUUGGAGUGAACGGAGCCAAGAACUUUUUCGAAGCCAAAAUUGAACAGCAGCUGAGAACGAAUAAAUUUCACGACGAAAUUAGGCAAGAACAGGACGAGAAACGUCGCAUGGAAGAGGAACGGAUUCUGCGUCGACAACAGUUCCAGCAAAGAGCAGCCGUUUUCCAGUAAACAAGCUAACAACCUGUCGAUUUCGGUCGCUAAGUUGCAAGCUAAAGAACAACCAACUUAUCUAAUCCCCCCUACACCCUCCGUACGUAUAGACAAAACAAUGGAUAUAAGUUUCUGUAAAUGUGUAAAUGUUAUAAAGUUACUUUUAACGCUAGGUUUUAGUAUGCAACAACAAUGUUCAAUGUUUUAAAAUUAGACGAAAAGUUUGUGUCAUGCUUAGUUAACUGAUUUUACCAAACAAAACAACCUGGAUUGAAAAACAAAAAUGAGUCGUCAACAUAUUUACAAGUGGAUGAAAUUAAAUGUGAUAACGAAAGAGUCAAAGGAAUGGAAAGCGAGCCUUAUCAGGAGUUUAGUAGCUAUAGGCGAAUGAGGUAGAUCACAUAUCGGAAUUAGAUGGCCAUAUUUUCGCUCUUUUGCUCCCUGGGAAAGGGAAGAGCUGCAACAGUGUAUCUCUGUGUAAUAUUCCACUAUUUGAGCUAAUAUUUAAGUCCCGAAUGCUUAGCAGUAAAUUUUUAACAGUUUUAUUUUAAUGUCAGGAGAUGGGUAAACAAAGAAGGAAUAAUGAGGGUGUGCUGUUUAGAGCCUAGUUCAAGCUAGUUGGAGUUGUGGUAUAUUUUUGAUAUCAAAGAUUUUACGUGCAGGGAAAAACGAAUCGUGCUUGUGGAGAGAGGAGAAUAUCUGUUCAUCCUAUUGGCCACAGUAUAUUACAAUUACGAUGUUUGAGUGACUGUACAGCUAGUAAUGUAGACAAUGUAGUAUUUAAGUUGACUCAAUUGUGAAAGUUUCAAUGUGAAAAAGUUACAAUAAAUAUUCCGGUUGACGGUA